AGCCUUCCUGAUUUAACUUUCAUAAACUACAUUACAACAAUAAUACACCUAGCUUUUAUCCACCCACCUGCUAGGACUGAGCAUGCUAUUGCUGUCUCUUAUUUUGGAAUGUGUAAUGUCAGGCAAACUGGUUAGAUAUUAGAUCCAGAAAGCCCUGCGCAACCAUUUCAUCUCCACGGUUACUGACAACAUCAGCAAGUUGAGCUACAUGCUGUCUGACCAGGCACAACACUGCAGUGAUUGUAUGAAUUUAUAGGCAUAUGCAUGACCGUGUGUGUAAAUGUCUACCUCUGUGACUGUCUGUCUUUUUCUGAAAAGUAAGUAAUGGAGGCGGAAGUUGCAGGUGUCCAAAAUCAAGGCUGGCGUAUGGACGGUGAUGGUGAUGUCACUACUCUGCCCAAUGAGGGAGAGGAGCAAGUGCGAGACACAGCGACAGAUGAUGAGUCUUCUAGGUUAGAGCAGGAACUCAAUGAAGUUAUUCUGCUCAUGGAUAACCAUGGGCUACAAGAUGAAUAUGUACAGUCUUUAGAUUGUCCACCACCUCCCACUUCUGGUUUUCUGGGAGUUCUUAGAUAUAAGAGGGAGUCCCAGGACCAAGCCCCAAACCCAAGGAAUGUCCUCCCAGAGCCUCUCAGGGACUCUCCAGUGAUGUGUGAGUACUGUGGAGAGAAAGCAAGGCCUCCACUUGGUCCAGCAUUUGCAGAGGACCCUGAGCUCUUCUGCUGUGCCCAGUACCAGCAGCUCUGUGAGAUGCUGGCCAAUGAGAGGUGGCUUGCACUGCAGAGACCUGAUCGGGAGGAUGAUGCAACACUCCUACCUGACAAUCAGCCAACCAGAGAGGAGGAGGAGCUGCAGGCCCAGGCCAGGGACAGAGAGGAGCGCAGAAAGCAGGAGCAAGAGCGAGAGAGACUCUACCAGGACACACAGUCAACCCUCCGAUCUGCAGAUACCUACACACCCCUCUCUAGGACCAUCAGCUACCAGCUGUCCACCUGUACAGCCAAAGAGGCACAGUGGACUGUUACACAACAUCCUGGGAUUGAGGAGGACCUGGAAAAAGAAAAUGGAGACCCCCUUUAUGAUCAUGAGUCAUUUGAGUUUGGCAUUUCUCCACAUCAGGAUGGGGCACGAUUUCUGGAGAAGUAUUAUGCCUGUGGGAGCAAGUUUCUCACAGUCUUCCCAGAUGGUUCUGCCCAGGUUUUGUAUCCUUUCACAACAUAAGUAAACUCAUUGUUGGAGAUUUUAACUCUACGAUCAUGUAAUAAUCGGCAAUGCAUAUUUUGUUGUGGGUAUCGUCCAUCCUUAUCAUCAUGCCACACAGCUAUCCCUCUGGCUUCUUGGCCCUGGUCAUAAUCUCUGAUGGAAGAGGAAGGGUAUGCAUUGUACACAAUGACCACUCCCUUGGGCAGCCAAUCAGGGCACUGUUCCAAUCUGAUGGCAGGGCCACAUGUUACCACGGCAACGGUAAUGUCUGGUAAGACGGGGCCACUCUUUGUGAUUGGUUAUUGGUAAUAAAAAGGUGUACUUAUUCAGG